CACGCUGCUUUGAUUUCUUUCGCUCUUGCCCCUCUCCUUGCGCUCUGCUGGGAACAUCGUCUCCCGGGGACAGCAGCGGUGUGCUGCAGAGCCAGCAGGAGCUGCCUGCGGGGUAUGGAAGAAGCCUCCUUGGAGGCUGCCAGAGGAACGAGAGGACUGAUAGAGCUCUGCCUGUGACCCAAGCGCCUGGCCGGCCAGCCGCUGCCCCCCUACCCGGGGAGCCUGUCCACACAGGGGUCUCUCCCCUCCCUCUCUUCCAGGUCUUCCUCUGAAGAGUUGGUGGAGCCAGGAGCCAAACCAGAGGCGAGCAUGGAGCUGCUGUCCACACCCCACAGCAUCGAAGUCAACAACAUAACCUGUGACUCCUUUCGCAUCUCUUGGACCAUGGAGAACACUGACCUGGAGAGGGUCACCCAUUACUUCAUUGACCUCAACAAGAAGGAGAAUAAGAACUCCAACAAAUUCAAGCACAGGGAUGUUCCCACCAAACUGGUGGCCAAGGCUGUGCCACUGCCCAUGACAGUGAGAGGCCACUGGUUCCUGAGCCCCCGCACAGAAUACAGUGUGGCGGUGCAGACGGCUGUGAAGCAGAGCGAUGGGGAGUACCUGGUGUCUGGCUGGAGCGAGACGGUGGAGUUCUGCACGGGGGAUUAUGCCAAGGAGCACCUGGCCCAGCUGCAGGAGAAGGCAGAACAGAUCGCAGGCCGCAUGCUCCGCUUCUCUGUCUUCUACCGCAACCAUCACAAGGAGUAUUUCCAGCACGCCAGGACCCACUGCGGGAACAUGCUGCAGCCCUACCUGAAGGACAACAGCGGCAGCCACGGCUCCCCGACCAGUGGCAUGCUCCACGGAGUCUUCUUCAGCUGCAACACGGAAUUCAACACGGGCCAGCCCCCACAAGACUCCCCCUAUGGCCGCUGGCGCUUCCAGAUCCCCGCCCAGCGCCUCUUCAACCCCAGCACCAACCUCUACUUUGCGGACUUCUACUGCAUGUACACGGCCUACCACUAUGCCAUCCUGGUGCUGGCACCUAAGGGCUCCCUGGGCGACCGCUUCUGCCGUGACCGCCUGCCCCUCCUGGACAUUGCCUGCAACAAGUUCCUGACCUGCAGCGUGGAAGAUGGGGAGCUGGUGUUCCGCCACGCCCAGGACCUCAUCCUGGAGAUCAUCUACACUGAGCCGGUCGACCUGUCCCUGGGCACACUGGGGGAAAUCAGUGGGCACCAGCUCAUGAGCCUGUCCACAGCCGACGCCAAGAAGGACCCCAGCUGCAAGACCUGCAACAUCAGCGUGGGGCGCUAGGGACUCCCGGGAGCUGGGGGUCCAGGGAGAGAUGACAGGAGGUGGCUAUGGUGGCAUAGGUUCAGGGAGCUGGUUUUCUCUCCCCUGCCCCCCUGUCCCCUCCGAGCCACUGGCCUCCCUGCUCCCCACCCCUUUACAUUAGAGGCAAAAGAGGGUGGCCCUCUUGGUAGGCUCAGCUCACCCAGGCUUGGCGGACCCGGAAAGGCUUCUUAGCCACAAUAGGUUGCUGGGUGGGCUGGAUUUCUGGGGGCCCCCCCUUUCCUUUGGGCUCCCAUCCUGCUGUUUCUUGCCUCGCCCCUGGCCUCCAUCUCAUGGAGACCUGCUGCCUUGGGCUCUCCCGGGGAACUCACAUGUAGCUUGCCUGCUUCUGGAGGAGAUGCAGCGAGCUGUGGGCACCCUCCCUCAGCCCCACCCACCCGCAGAGCGCCCUACCCUUUGACUUAGGGCUCCCUGCCCCCAACCUGGCCCAUUCCCUCUAUAAAUAAUCCCCCCCCUCUCCCGCACCUCUGUGACCCUGGGCUGCCCCCUGCCCACAGCACCCUCUUCCUGCAUGGGGAGAGCUGUCCCCCUUCCCUGCCUGCCCUCCAGAAAGGGACUCUUUUUUCUCACGGCUUUGGGGACUCUGAGCUUUUAGAAUUUCCCCUUUUUCUAUCUGGAGAUGAUACAUACCCCAGUGUACCUUCUCCUUUGCUCAGAGUCCUGGAGUCUGAAAUGGUAGCCACUGGGGUCGAGGAGGGGGGAAGAGACCCCUGAGACCCUGAGGGACCCCUUCCUCAGUGGAAGUGGGCUGCCUUACGCCCUGAGGGGCCUCGGAUGGAGCUGGAAAGGGCGGCUUUCCUGAAGAGCCCUGGCGCCCGCCCGGCUGCAAGCUUUACUCUGCUCUCUGCCACGGCGCCCGCUGUACUGUGCCUGUGUAUGAUCUGGACUGUGGCUUCCCUCCCACUCCGAGCCUGUUGACAGAACCCCUUCCCCGGGGAGUUCUUGGGGAAGUCUUCCUGGGGCCUGCUGGCAUUUUCACCUAUUUCCUACUUUGUGUGGUCACAAAGGUGAUGCGGGCGGACCCCUGGGACAAGCAGACCAGGUGGGGAGACCAGAAGAGGUGCCUGAUUGAGGGAGUUAGCUGCUGGGGGAUGAUGGGGGUGUUAGCACAUGGAGGAAAGCAGUUUCCACAGUGACAGCCAGAUUUCUGUGAUAGAGGACAGAAGGGACCAGCUGGCCAACAAGGCCAUACCUCGGCGAGGGGGCAGGUGGACAGCUGGUGGCCUUUUCUGUAGCCAGGGGGAGCAGUGUGGCAAGCUGUCCCCGUAGCAUGGGUCAGAAGGUCUGGAGACCCUGGAGGGUGCACAGAGAAGGAAAGGACAAGGGCCCGGGUCUUCCCCCUCUGCUAACAGCGUGGUUGUGGGGGUGGCCCGCUGCCCUCCCCGGCCCCCGUGUCUGCCCUGGGCUGGGGCACGCCCCGCCUGUGCUGUGCUUGUGAUGCGCUCAAUAAACCGCCAUGGCC